AUGUCAUCUGAAUUUAUGCUUCAAUUCUAUGAACCUCACCGCGUCUACUGGAGGGGUCGAUGGAAGGCUUCUGGUAAUACAUGGGUUUGUGUCCGGCCGGUCAUCGUUAAUACACAGAAGCCAAGAUGGUCUUCCGAUAGCCAUGAGUUUCUUUCUUGUCAUGAAUGGCCUGUGGAGUUGGCGACUCGUGUGAGCCCGUUGUCCGUAUUCCCAUGUAUUACUGGUUGCUUUCUGUCCUCUCUUCUGGUGGGCGCGGCUGGUAUCUUUUUGUCUGUUGCUUCCGCCAGUGGGGUCUUUCUGCCAGUGGGUUUGUUGCUUCCCACUGGUAGGCCCUUUCCUCCUACCAGUGGACCUGUUAUCUCUCGCCAGUGGACCUAUUAUCUUCCGCAGAUAGGUCUUUUUAUAUUACGGCCAACUGCCCAUUUUUCUUCCAUUGAGCCAUUUAUCCCACUGGCGGGUCUGUUGCUUCCUGUUGCUUCUAUCAACAAUCAAUUUGCCUCUACGGCGGAACAAAAUGGUUCCAUUCCUGCCACAAAAUUGUUGGCUAUCGCAUGCCUUUUGGGCACGUCGUCAAAAGCCGAUACGGCUCACCAGAAGCCCAACAAGGGGCGCAAGAGAAAAGGCCAAACCGGCCAACAGCACUGGCCCAAGAUGCGCGCCAGGUCAGAGGCCAAUCCGACCCACCACAAGCCCAACAAGGGGCACCAGAGAAAAGGCCAAACCGGUCAACAGCAAAGGCCCAAGAUGCGCGCCAGGUCAAAAGCCAAUCCGGCCCACCACAAGCCCAACAAGGGGCACCAGAGAAAAGGCCAAACCGGCCAACAGCAAAGGCCCAAGAUGCGCGCCAGGUCAGAGGCCAAUCCGGCCUACCACAAGCCCAACAAGGGGCGCCAAAGAAAAGGCCAAACCGGUCAACAGCACAGGACCAAGAUGUGGUCAAGAUCAGGGACAAAUCAAGUCAAGGUCCAUUUCUAUGUCCAUGUCCAAGUCCAUGUCCAAGUCCAAUUCCUUUCCAAAUGGCCAAACAAUGUCCACAGUGAAGAACAGACUCCACUACCAACCACUGGUUCCAUCUUGCCUAUGAACCUGGCACGUUAG